UCCUGCCCCCGGCCGGGAGUGAACAUGGCGCUGGCUGCGGAGACACGGAGCAUGUAGGACAAUGAGAGGGAGCGGCGGGCGGGGGCAUGCACAGCGGAUACAUGGACAGUAACCCCCCGGGCAGGAACCGGAGCAGCACCUUCCACACAGCGGCACGGCGACAAAAUGUUGAUAGUUGAGAAGACAACAGACUACCCUUCCACUGAGUAUUCUCUGGUGGAGGAUGUCGCCCUUCAUUUCACAUGUCUCAUGGACAGACUCAAUGAGCAGCGCCUAUUUCAACCAGACCUCUGCGAUGUGGACAUUGUACUGGUGCAGCAGAAGAGCACGUUUCCUGCUCACAAAGGGGUGCUUGCUGCCUACAGCCAGUUUUUUCACUCUCUCUUCACCCAGAACAAACAGUUGCAGAGGGUGGAACUGUCUCUCGAAGCCUUGACAUCACAAGGCUUUCAGCAGAUUCUAAACUUCAUCUACACUUCCAAAUUGCUGGUCAAUGGCUGCAAUGUGCAGGAUGUGUUGAAUGCUGCUGCAGUAUUGCAGAUGAAUGAAAUCGUAACAUCAUGUCAGGAUUUGAUUCACAGCAGGUCAUUAAACCUGUCACUGGCUAAUGAGAUCAUGGACACAGAGGAAACUAGGAAUGAUACUAAUACAGUAAUGCCACCGCAGUUCUAUCGGGAGAUAAAGCAAGAGGUGGAUGCGCCUCCAACCAAAAUUUAUGCUCGAGAGGGAAAUGACCCUUACUCUGUUAGAGUGGAAGACAAUGUGAGUAAAGGGCACAACAAUGCUGAGUCACCGAAGCAGUAUUACAAAGACGAGGACAGAAGUGGGACGAGGAUCUGUAAAAUAGAAGGGGCAGAUUCUGAGGAGGACAUGGACAGUCAGGAAUCUUACAAUAGAGAGCAGAUCAUUGUAGAGGUCAAUUUAAAUAAUCAGACUCUAAACGUCUCCAAGGGGACCGAUGGCAAGGCUUCCUCUGAGGCUGUGACUGUCGUCGACCAAUCAGAUGGUGAUGAGCGAGGUUCAGAAGGUGAUGGAGAUGAUGAAAACGAAGAAGAGGAGGGCGGGAUUGAAGAAGAGGAUGACUUUCUGGAUAUGUUGGAAGAUGAGGAGGAUGAUAUCUUGCCAAGCGAAGAGGAUAUUGAAGAGCCGCAGGAGGAGGAAAAGGACAAUGAUGAUGACGAAGAGGAGGAUGAAGCAACAGAGUUGGCCAAAGAUGAAAACUCCCCAGCUGAGGGGAGCAAGUCACCAAGUGAAACUAAGUCCACCAAGUUAAGUAGAGGUGCAAAAGGAACACGCAAUCAAAGAGGGUCGGGAGGUGGUGGAAGGAGGAAAAAGAAAGGACAGGAUGGUUUGGGACAAAAGGUUAAAUUUGAGGAGAAACAGCACUUCCCCUGCAAGAAGUGCCCUAGAGUGUUCAACAAUAGGUGGUACCUGGAAAAACACAUGAACGUAACUCACAGCCGCAUGAGGAUUUGUGAUAAAUGUGGCAAAAGAUUCCUGCUUGAGAGUGAGCUGAUGCUCCAUCACCAAACAGACUGUGAAAAGAAUAUCCAAUGUUUAACUUGCGGGAAGACUUUUAAGAAGCUUUGGUCUCUCCAUGAACACAAUAAAAUCGUGCAUGGUUAUGCAGAGAAAAAGUUCUCCUGUGACAUUUGUGAAAAGAAAUUUUACACCAUGGCCCAUGUCCGAAAACAUCUGGUUGCACACACAAAGGACAUGCCAUUCACUUGUGAAACAUGCGGGAAGUCGUUUAAACGGAGUAUGUCUUUAAAGGUCCACUCGCUGCAGCACUCUGGGGAGAAGCCUUUCAAGUGUGAGAACUGCCAUGAACGUUUUCAAUACAAAUACCAGCUACGAUCCCACAUGAGCAUCCAUAUUGGACACAAGCAGUUCAUGUGCCAAUGGUGCGGCAAAGAUUUCAAUAUGAAACAGUAUUUUGAUGAACAUAUGAAGACCCAUACCGGUAAGGAAAGAGAGAAACCAUUCAUCUGCGAGAUCUGUGGAAAGAGUUUCACCAGUCGGCCUAAUAUGAAGCGCCACCGCAGGACGCACACCGGGGAGAAACCCUACCCUUGCAACGUGUGUGGCCAGAGAUUCCGCUUUUCCAACAUGCUGAAGGCCCACAGGGAAAAAUGCUUCCAGGGUGGCAAUCCACCAACUCCCGGUAGCCCUGGCACUGCCGCUAGCCUCUCCGCUUCCUCCCAGAGCGGCAAUUCACCUGGUCAGUCAAGCCCAGGCCUUUCCCCAACCUUGCCACAGCACCCAUUGUCUCUGCCUUUGCUCCACUCUCUACCCCUUGGCAUGCCACCGCCGGGACACCAUCUGCCUCCACCCCCACCCCUCUUCCCCGCAGGCCGCAUUAACUCCAACAACAACUAGAUCUCCCCUGGACUGGCCUGGAAUAUCGAAGUGCCCCUCCAGACCACGCUGUGGAAUCACAGUUGUUUUGUGAUUUCUGUUCCCACUCCUAGUUCAGCAUCCGUCUCAGGCUUGGGGUAGAGCAGGACAAUGAACCGUCUUGGUUAUUUCGGUCGCACCCACAGAGCUAGUUCCCUCCUCUACAUGCAGCGAGAACUUUGAUAUAUUGAAGUAGAAAAAAAGGAGAAAAUGCUAAGUACUGUGCUUUCUAUUUUUGUGCAUAUUAGAUUUUUUUAAUGUUGUCACUCUGCUUUUUUGCUUAUCUUAAAGUGUGUAUGUAUGUUUGUCUUUAUGCAUGUGUGCGUUCACAUACAAGGUAAAACAUGCAUUGUUGUGCGCACACGUGCAUUUUUAUUUCCUGUAUGUUACUAAGCAUUCUGUACAAAGAGAGGGGUGAGGGGGUCAUUUGGUAUCGUUCAUUGAGGAACAGUUGGAGAAUGGUGGAUGUUUACAGAAAGCGAGUUCACAUUUCAAACGGUCUCUAGGCAACUCUGGCUCUGUUUCUCUGCGUGACAGAGCUGCCCCUCAGUAUAGAGAGGAAUGCAUGUGUUGCAGAGGACAUUAAAUUCACCAUCUGAUUGUAUGCCAUUUCCACCUAGCCUGGGCCAGUAAUGGCCAACCUUCGUAGCCCAUGGAUUGCCCUCCCCCCACCGCCUAUAAAUGCUUUUCCCAUAGUUCCUUGACUUUUUGCUAUUCUGUUGCAGACUACUGCAUUGUAACUUUCCACAAAUAAAGGGAAGGGGCUUGCUCUC